AUGAGCACUCCGCAACCCAAUAAAUAUAACACAAAUCCACUUUCUGGUACAGGAUCGCCAGGAAAUGAAAACAAUACCUCGGGAAGUACUUCUACUAGUUCCAAAAGUCAACCAACAACUGGCGCCAACAUGAACGCUGAUGAAAUGCUGGGCAAAAUUGUACAAUUUGGCAAAGACUCAUGUACCAUCAAAGCUUAUUUUCAAUGCGGAGAAGAAGAGUUAUUUGCACUGGAAUGUGAAAGACCCAUGCUAGGCUAUGAUGGUAGAUGUCCAAAAUGUGGUAGACAACAUGUCCCACUAGACAAAACACGUGGUUUUUAUGCUGCGGUAAAUUCUGUCUACAAUUCGCUUGGACAACAAAAAUUAGAAAAAGAACGUUUACAAGGUCGAAAAAGAACUGAAAAAUUACUCAGUAUCACUGAAAAUUUACCUCCACUUGAUUGUCCAAUAAUUGGUGAAAAUAAAGGCAUUGAAGGUGAUUCAAAUUCAUGCUAUAUGGAUGCAACAAUUUUUUGCAUGUUUGCUUAUUGUAAUGUAUUUGAUUCAUUACUUCAUAUGCCAACUAACAAAAAUUCCAUAAAAAAAUUACAAGAUUUAUUAAGAGAAAAUAUUGUGCAUGUACUUCGACACAAGAAGGUUGGUUUUGUUGAACGUGAUGCUCUAUUUCAUUUACGAGCUCAAUUAAGUGAAGCAACUGGUGAUCCAUCAUUUAAAGAAGUGGAAAAAGAUCCAAGUGAAUUUUUACGAGCACUUGAAGAACAUUUUCAAUAUGCACCAUUAAAAACUAUUCCACCUGAUCAACCACCGAAUGCAACUGCAUCUAAUGUAACAACUAAUAUUAUGUGGGAAAUGUUUGAUGCUAAUCCACACAAUCUACUUUCAACAACCAUUGCUGGUAUAUUUCGUAAUUCACUUUCUGAAAUUCCAGUUAAAUUAGCAACAAUUCCACCUUUCCUUAUUUUGGUUGCUCCACGUCAUACGCGUUCACAACGUUCUUAUCGUUAUAUUAUACCUGAUCGUCAAAUUACUCUUGAUAACGAUAUUGUACAACUUGUGUGUCUCAAAUGUAGAAAAACAAAUCAUGGUCAAGAUCAGCUACAUGAUUUUUAUUCAUGUGAUGAAUGUUAUUCGAAAGAAUCACCGUCAUUAACAACACCAACAACUGACGCCAAGGUUGCAUGUUAUUGUAGAACUUGCUUAAUGAAAUUGCAUGAAGGUCUAUCUCAUGACGUUUCUAAUCAUAAUACAAGAAAAAUUCAAAUUAAUAAACAUAAACUUAAUCUGUUUGCUGUAUUAUGCAUUGAAAUAGCUCAUUAUGUCGCUUUUGUCAAAUGUAAAAAACAAGAUCAACAAGGUGAAUGGCUCUUUUUUGAUAGUAUGAGUGAUCGCAUUCUUAAUGAAAAGAAUAUACCUCUUGUCGAUCGUGUGCCUGCUUUUGAUCGAUGGGUUGAAGAAGCCGAACAAAAUAAAUAUUUCUUCCAAGAUUUAGAUAAACUUCGAAGUCAAGCAAGACCAUCUUCACAAAAAUUCGAUGAAAAUGCUAUGCGACAAUUACGUUUGUUUCGUGAUGGUGCUUUUUUCUUCUAUGAAAAUUCAAGUGUUAAUUAUCAAUAA